UCUAGCUUUUUUCUAGCUGCAUUUUUUAUCAUCAUCGCUGAAUAGACAUCACAAGUGAGUGGCCAGAACCACAACAAAAAAUGUAUACAAAACAACGCAGCUUAGAAUUAGCGAAAUUAGUGAAUUAAAAUUUGCAGAGCGAGCAGCAAUUAAAAUGCAACCCAGGAUGUUGGGCCUGGCUCACAAUGCUGCGCUGCAUAGCAUGGUGUGCCAGGCGCUCCUGGUGCUGGUUUGCCUAGUUUGCUAUGGAUGUGGAGGUCUGAGUGGGUCCAAAUUCGUUUUCGAUGACACGGUGGCCAUCGUCAAGAACCGGGAUGUCAACACCCUGCCCACCAACUGGACGGCGAUAUUCACACAUGACUUCUGGGGCGCCUCCCUGCUCAGUUCCGAUUCGCACAAGUCCUUCCGGCCACUGACCACGUUGAUGUUCCACUGCGAGUACGCCCUUCUGGGCCUGAAUGCCGCCCACAUGAAGUUCCUUAAUCUCCUGCUGCACUGCGUCAAUACGCUGCUCAUGUGGAGAUUGGUGCGCUCGCUGUACGUGCCGGAGGUGAACACGGAGCGAUGGGCCAUUCUAUCCGCAGCGCUGUUUGCCGCCCACCCAAUCCACACAGAAGCGGUCUCGGGUGUGGUGGGCAGGGCCGAGCUGAUGUUCGGCAUGAUCCACUUGCUGUGCCUUCUGCUGACCGUGGCCAACUCCGGAAAACAUGGUCCUCAAACAGGCGGAUUGAUCGUGUUCCUGACGGCCGUGGGAAUUCUCUUCAAGGAGUCCGCAGUGACCAUCCCCAUGUCGUGUGUGCUGCUGGACUACUUUCAGAAUGGCUACUUCCAUCUGCAGCUUAAGGAUCAGUGGAAUCUAUUGCGCACCCGGACUAGCUACUUGGUCUAUUUGAUGGGCACUUUGGGUCUUUUGACGGUUCGGCUAUGGUGGCAAGACUUCGAGACGCCAACGUUCAAGGAAGUUGACAACCCAGUGGCCCACAACGAGCACAUCCUGACCCGUGGACUUUCACAGCAGUACCUGCUGGUUAUGAACAUCUGGCUGAUGCUGUGCCCCCACUGGCUCUGCUACGACUGGGCCUUGGGCUGCGUCAAGCUGGUGACCAGCAUCUGGGACCUGAGACUGCAGGGCGUCAUCGGGUUCUACUCCCUGGUGCUGGUGGCUCUGAUGAACUUCCGCCGCCUGCCUGGAAUGAUGUUAGCUCUGGGCUUGAUGGUUAUUCCGUUUCUACCAGCGUCGGGUAUCAUUUGCGUGGGAUUCGUGAUCGCAGAGCGGACUCUUUACGUCCCAUCCAUCGGCUUUUGUCUUGUGUCCAUCUAUGGAUUUCUAUACUGGUAUGACUGCAGCACGAGUAAAUCCCUUUGGCGCACUGCCCUGCGGAUCCUUCUGAUGUUGCUCUUCACCGUGAUGAUGCUGCGGACGCGACAGCGGACCACCGACUGGCUUAAUGAGGAGCAGCUGUUCAAAUCCGCUUUACAGGUGUGUCCCGACAACGCCAAGGUGCACUACAACAUCGCCCGGCUGGCCACUGAUACGGGAAACAAUACGAAAGCCUUCCAGCACUACCACAGGGCCAUUGAGUUGUAUCCCAGUUAUGAAUCAGCCCUGAUGAACCUCGGAAACCUUUACAGGGAGCACGGUCAACUGGCCUCAGCUGAAGAUUAUAUUCGACUGGCUCUGCAGGCGUAUCCAGCUUUUCCGGCGGCCUGGAUGAAUCUGGGCAUUGUGCAAUCGGCCCAGGGAAAGUUUGACAAGGCACUGGCCAGCUAUGAGAAGGCACUGAAGUACAGGGCCAACUUUGCCGUCUGUUACUACAACAUGGGAAAUCUUUAUCUGGAGCAGAAACGCUACGCCGAUGCUCUGCAUCACUGGCAGCACGCCGUGGCGCUGAAUCCCCGCCAGCCAAAAGCCUGGGCCAACAUUCUCACAAUGCUGGACAAUCGAGGACUGCAGGACGACGCCCUGCGCCUCUCGGAUCAGGCCCUGCAGCAUCUGCCCAACGAGGUGAGCAUCCUGUUCAUUCGCGCCAAUGUCCUUGGCAAGCUGAAACACUACAUUGAGGCUGAGUCGAUCUAUAAGCGUGUUAUUGAGCUGGAGCCCAACAACAUGCUUUACCACACGAAUCUCGGGGUGCUCUAUCAUCGUUGGGACAAAACCCAGGAGGCAAUAGAGGCUUAUCGAACGGCGAUAAGUAUUAAUGCGGCGAGGGCAACGACAGCGCGGGAGAAUCUCAGCAAGCUUCUGAAACGCCUGGAGCGGGAGGCGCAGGUCAUCCAAAGAUAAGCAUUAGCUUCCAAAACCCACCGCAAUUAUAGAGCCAACCAAGAGUUGUUUGUCUUAGAAAGAAAAAGGCAAAUAAUAAAACAAUCCUGAACCAAAACUGAGGUUGUGCGUUCAGUCACUAGUCCCAGAAACAUAUACAUACAUGUACUUACUAAUGAAAGACAUUCAAAAUAACAUUUUAAAUUGAUCAAUCUAGCACGAUUAAAACCAAAGUGCAAUGCAUCCGUAUCCCAUCAGUAAAACCUAUUUAUUUUUAGUAUAAGUUUAGGAUAAUUUAUUUAUUUGUUAAUUUACUCGAGGGUAUAUACAAUUAAUGUUACAACUAAUUAAUGAUCGAACAAUUACAUGACGACUUACAUAAAUUAACUAAGUUCUAAAACGUAAGGACUACAUGAAAUACUUCAGAAAAUAGUGACAGCUGUGGCACCAUUGUAAAAUGAUAUUCAAUUCCAUUAAAGUUUCAUGAUUUUAAAAUAAUAA